AUGGAGGCAAAAAAUACAAACAGUUUGGAUUCAAAUCUGAUUCUUGGAGAGGAAAAGUCAGAUUAUCAAGCAAUUGGUAUAAUUGGUUGCCACAAUGAAAAUAUGCAUGAGCAACUCUUUUCUCAUUGCAAGGAGGUUUACUUGGUGACCGAAGCUGAGAAGCGAAGCUGGAAAAGCCUUCCAAGAGAGCAAUACCCAGAACCAUUGAUUUUCCAUGAUGGAAGAUUGGCCUUCAAGCCAACCCAACUUGCCACCUUGGCCAUGUUCAUGUACAUGCCACUAGGAAUUUGCCUGUGCAUCCUAAGAUUCCUUUCUGGCAUAUUUCUACCUCACAGCAUUUGCAGUCCAAUCUUGGCCUUCACAGGAACAAUAACCACAAUUUCAAAACCCAAGUCCUCUAUUUCCUCAACAAAUGGUGAAGGAGAAAAACAAAGAGGCAGACUCUAUGUUUGCAACCACAGAACCUUGCUUGAUCCUCUCUAUGUUCAAUUAGCCACCAACAAAUCUCUCACUGCUGUCACUUACAGUUUAAGCACAGUGAAUGAGAAAAUUUCUCCCAUGAAGACUGUCAGAUUAUCAAGAGACAGAGAGAGAGAUGGGAAAAAAAUGGAGAAGCUGUUGAGCCAAGGUGACCUAGUGGUUUGCCCAGAAGGAACCACAUGCAGAGAGCCUUAUCUGUUAAGGUUCAGUCCAUUGUUUGCUGAGCUCACAGAUAACAUUGUUCCUGUGGCCAUAGAUGUGAAAGUGAACAUGUUUUAUGGCACAAGUGCUAGUGGGUUCAAAUGUUUGGAUCCAGUUUUUCAUUUUAUGAACCCAAAUCCUGUUUAUAGCAUGAGGUUGCUUGAGAAUCUGCCAGGAUCAAACACAUGCAAGCUUGGUGGAAAAUCAAAGUUUGAAGUUGCCAAUUAUGUACAAAAUGAGAUUGGCAGGGCCUUAGAUUUUAGGUGCACCAGUCUCACAAGGAAAGACAAGUAUAUGGCAUUGGCGGGCAAUGAUGGGAGCUUGAAGGGCUCAAGGAACGCGACUCAUGCAUGA